UUUGGCAAAUUACUGUCUCUUCUAUUGUCAUGUUGAAGAAUUUCGCUGGGAGUGUACCUGUGAUGAGAGGCUGAUAUUUCAGACUCAUAUGACCACACGUGCACUUCCUUAAAAGUAGGCAUAUGAUGUGUGGCUUUUGCAGUUUUGCUUGAAAUGGGUUCUCAGUUGAUUCGAAUCAUUGCUUGCUUUGGUUUAAUAUGCGGCGGCUGGACAAAGAAGACGCAAAGUGUUUCGACCCCCAACAUUGUCAUCAUGCUGAUGGAUGAUAUGGGAUGGGGGGAUUUGGGGGUCUUUGGCCAACCCAACAAAGAAACCACAAACUUGGAUAUGAUGGCUUCCCAGGGAAUGCUGUUCCCCAGCUUCUACACUGCCAACCCUCUUUGCUCUCCAUCCAGAGCUGCAUUGCUGACUGGUAGACUUCCAGUUCGGAAUGGUUUCUACACCACCAAUGGCCAUGCCAGAAAUGCCUACACCCCUCAGGAGAUAGUAGGAGGAAUAUCAGAAGAUGAGAUUCUGCUGCCUAAGCUACUGAAGACAAAGGGUUAUGUUAGCAAGAUCAUUGGCAAAUGGCAUCUUGGACACAGGCCUGGCUACCUGCCGCUGAAGCAUGGUUUUGAUGAAUGGUUUGGUGCACCAAACUGCCACUUCGGACCCUACAACAGCAGUGACAGACCCAACAUCCCAGUCUACAACAAUUCUGAGAUGAUUGGAAGGUAUUAUGAGGAGUUUGUGAUCAAUAGGAAAACUGGGGAGUCAAACCUUACUCAGAUCUAUUUGGAGGAAAGUCUGAGGUUCAUACAAAACCAGGCCAUGAAUCAUCAACCCUUCUUCCUCUACUGGGCUGUAGAUGCCACACAUGCUCCAGUCUACGCUUCCAAGCUCUUUCGGGGGAAGAGCCAGAGGGGCCUCUAUGGUGAUGCAGUCAUGGAACUUGACUACAGUGUGGGGAAGAUCCUCGGGCAUCUGGUCAAACUGGGCAUUGAUAAGGACACGUUUGUGUUCUUCACCUCCGACAACGGUGCCGCUGUCAUGUCUGGACCACAUCAGAGUGGCAGUAACGGCCCGUUCCUCUGUGGGAAGGAGACCACCUUCGAGGGCGGGAUGAGGGAACCAGCCAUUGCCUGGUGGCCUGGACGUAUCCCAGCAGGCACGGUGAGUCAACAGCUGGGAAGUGUAAUGGACCUCUUCACCACAAGUUUGUCUUUGGCUGGACUCCUCCCCCCUGAUGACCGCAUUAUUGAUGGCAUUGACCUAACCCCCACUCUCCUCAACAAUUCACUCAUUGACAGGCCCAUCUUCUAUUACCGCGGCAACGAGAUGAUGGCAGUGAGGGUUGGGCUGUACAAGGCGCACUACUGGACGUGGAGCAACUCGUGGGAGGAGUUUAACAAGGGCAUCAACUUCUGUCCAGGGGAGGAGGUUGCUGGUGUCACCACCCACAACCAAGAGGAACACACAAUGCAGCCACUCAUCUUUCACCUUGGGCGGGACCCUGGUGAGAAAUACCCAAUCAGCGUCCAGACUAAAGAGUAUCUGGUUGUCCUGAAGCAUAUAUCUGCAGUGGUGGAUGAACAUAAGAGGAAACUGGUACCUGGAGUGCCCCAGCUAAACAUGUGUGACUUGGCUGUCAUGAACUGGGCCCCUCCUGGGUGUGAAAAGCUGGGAAAAUGCCUUAAGGCUCCAAAAUCAGAUCCAUGGAAGUGUGACUGGCCACAUUAACCGUGUAUUCUUUUUGUCCAUUCAUGACAGAUCUGACAUUAUUUUUACCACUGGCUCUGUAUAGGUGUACAUACUUUAAAGUACCCCUUUAAUAUCUUCAUCUCACUGGUCGUUGUCCCCUCAGGUGAUUUAUUUUAUUUGAUUGGAUUUUAUUGUAUAGGAUUUUAUUUUAUU